UUCGGCUGCGCCGGUGGCGGCGGGAGAAGGGGUUGUGCGUCGCGUUGCGCCGGACGGGAGACCGGUCACCGAGGAAGCGGCAGCAGCGGCGGCGGCGGCGGCAGCGCCAGGAGCUGGAGAAAUGGAUUCAGCCGAAAGAGCUACAAAUGGAAGUGAACAAAAAUCAAGGAAAUUUUUAAAAAGCCUUGUGCGGAAGCAGCCCCAAGACCUCCUGUUAGUGAUUGGAACGGGCGUGAGUGCUGCUGUAGCGCCAGGAAUUCCAGCCUUGUGCUCCUGGCGAAGCUGCAUUGAAGCCGUCAUUGAAGCCGCGGAUCAGCUGGAGGUGCUACACCCGGGGGAUGUGGCUGAAUUCCGCAAAAAAGUGGUCAAAGAGCGAGACUUGCUUGUGGUUGCACAUGACCUCAUCAGAAAGAUGUCGCCGCGCACCGGAGAUGCCAAGCCCAACUUCUUUCAGGACUGCCUAAUGGAGGUUUUUGAUAACUUGGAGCAACACAUUCAGAAUCCUGUUGUUCUGCAGUCAAUUCUUCGGCUAAUGGAGAGAGGCACUAUGGUGCUGACCACAAACUAUGACAACUUACUUGAAAUCUUUGGUCAGCAACAGGGUAAACCAAUGGAAUCUCUUGACUUAAAAGAUAAGGACAAGGUUCUCCAGUGGGCAAAAGGACACGUCAAAUAUGGAGUUCUUCACAUUCACGGUCUGUACGCUGAUCCCUGCGGAAUGGUGUUGGAUCCCUCAGGAUAUAAGGAUGUUACUCAAGACCCUGAGGUGAUGGAGGCUCUGCAGAACCUGUACCGGACAAAAUCGUUUUUGUUUGUGGGCUGCGGAGAAACCCUGCGUGAUCAGAUAUUUCAGGCCCUCUUUCUGUACACUGUCAAAAACAAAGUGGAUCUAGAACAUUAUAUGCUGGUGCUUAAAGAAAAUGAAGACCAGUUUUUUAAACUCCAGGCAGAUAUGCUCCUACACGGAAUAAAAGUAGUAUCCUAUGGAAAUUGCUUUGAAAGUUUCCCAGAGUAUGUUCAAGAUCUCUCCACUCAGAUCUGCAAACAGAGAAGUCCAGAUGCAGAUCGGGUGGACAGUACAACACUUUUGGGAACAUCUUGCGUGGAUUGUGCCAAGAGACGGCUAGGGGAGAGCAGUAAUGACCAACUUAAGAGACCAAGGCUUCCAGAUAAUGGUAGUGUUGAAGAUGUUGCCCUCUCUGAAUACAAGAAUGUAACUUGAACAACAGUGGUCUACGAUGAGAGUCUCAUCUGAUUAUAUCAUGGAUAAGGAUUCCAAGAGUGGCCAAGAAGAUCCUUUAAAUUUAUAUGCAUUGUUUAGUAAGAAUUGUUUAGGAAUGGAUUUUCUAUUACAGACUUGUACACCUAUUCAGGAUAUGUACAUUUUAAGGGUCUCCGUUAACCAAUUUGCAACUACCUCAGUGAAGGAAUACUGCAAAAGGAUAUAUAGCUUCUGACAUAAAUCUGUGAAACAGCGUUUUACCUUCUUUUAAUUGGACUAAUUUUGUUUCCAUUCGUCUGAAUCCAAAGGUGAGUAUUAGAAAUCAUCUUCUCACAAGGGCAGUUGUGAGAAAAGUGCAUGAGAACUGCUACAGAACCUACCCAUCAGAGUGAACUCUUGUGCAAACAUCUGUGGAACAGCAGUUAUGGUAAUUUUUAUUUUGCUUACUCCUACCCAUUGCAAAUGAAAACAGGUUUUGCACAUUUUGUAAGUUUAAAAAAAAACUUGGUUGCAGUGGGGAACAAUAAGGGCUUUUAAUUUAUGUACAUUUUAAUAAAGAGAUUUGAAACCCA